AUGGUGCAUGAAGAAUGCGGAAACCCUUGUAUCAACACUUGUUCAAACCCUGACAGAAGCCAUAUUUGUGAGGACCAAUGCAUCGAAGGGUGUUUCUGUCCUGAAGGAUACCUGUUUGAUGACCUCUCUGAUAGAGGCUGUAUUGCCCAGAAUCAGUGUCCCUGCAUCCACAAUGGAAAAAUAUAUGAACCUGGACAGACUUACAGAAGUAACUGUAAAGAAUGCACUUGUAUCGAUAAUCUAUGGAGCUGCGAAGACAGAGAUUGCCCAGGGACUUGCUCUGUAGAAGGUGGUUCCCAUAUUACCACUUAUGAUGGGAGGACUUACAGUUUUCAUGGAGACUGUACUUACGUUCUUUCUAAGCAGACCAGUGACAAUGAGUUUACAGUUUUGGGGGAUCUGAUGAAAUGCGAUUUCACUGACACUGAAACAUGUCUGAAGGCAGUAACUCUUUCUCUCUCAAAGAGGAACACAGUGUUCAGCAUCCAGUCUGAUGGAAAAGUAUUUGUUAAUAAAACGUAUUCACAGCUCCCUCUUUCCAUAGCUGACGUGAUGAUUUUCAAACCCACCACAUUUUUCAUCAUCGUCCAGACAUCUUUUGGGCUUGAGCUGGAGAUCCAGCUCAUAUCAGUAAUGCAGGUUUACAUAAAAGUUGAUGCGACUUACAAGCAGAAAACAAAUGGUAAAUUUUCAGCCAGCUGUCCCGGCAAUAUGGUUUAUUCUUACAAAGUUGAAAACAACAGUCGUUCCUGUCGUUGCAACAGUGACCCAGACUUCACUUGUGGUGUCACAUUUGAGCCUAGGCUUGAGGAGAGGAUCUGUGAGGAGAGGCUUGAGGAGAGGAUCUCACAUCCUGAUUAUUGCGGACAUGCCAAUGCCAGUGGUACUUUGCGAGUUCUCACUGAAAACAUACCAUGUGGAUCUACUGGCACCACUUGCUCUAAGGCUGUCAGACUCUUCCUUGGGUAUGACAGGCAUAACUGCAACUCCAACAACAAAAUCAUCUACAGCUCCAUCAACAACGUCUCCAACAUCCACAACAUUGAAAACAAGCACCCUUACUCCUACCCCUGGAUGCUUCUCCUACAAUGCAUCAAGUAUAUCUCCAUCUCCAAUGACAACAACAUCUUCUACAACUCCUUCAAUAACUUCUCCAACUUUCACAACAUUAAAAACAACGACCUAUACUCCUACACCUCUAUGUAUUUGCCGUUG